AUGGCUGCAAACAUCCAACAAUGGUUUCCUCAUACAACCGCUCCAUUCAUUGCUAAUGCACCAAUGUUUGGAUUUACCGAUGCCAGCCUAGCAACUGCCGUCGCAAAGGCCGGAGGAUUCGGGUUUAUUGGCGGAGGCUUUGAUUUUCGAUCUGAAUCCACCCAGCUCCUGGGUCUGGAUACUCAGUUGGCGAAUGCCCGCUCUAUCCUCGGUUUGACCGAUGGUCAACCAUUACCGCUUGGUGUCGGUUUCAUUACUUUCCAGCCAGACGGGCUCGUUGAAAAUGCCAUUCCCAUUCUCCAGAAGCAUCGCGUAGCGGCAGUUUGGCUGUCCUUCCCCCGGGCUGACGCCGAUCAUCUUCCAAUGAUACAAGCCAUUCGGAAGGCCCAGGAGAGUUCUGACUGGGAUAUCAAGAUAUUUGUCCAGAUAGGAACCAUCAAAGCUGCAGAAGAAGCACUUCAGCAGGGAGUGGAUGUUCUGGUUGUUCAGGGAACCGAUGCUGGAGGACAUCAAUGGGCCCAGGGUGCUAGUUUGAUAUCCCUCUUGCCUGAGGUGCGAGAUCUUCUAUCAAAAGCGCAGAAUACAAGCACUGCUAUCCUGGCAGCUGGUGGCAUUGUGGAUGGGAGGGGCUGCGUUGCUGCUCUUGGCCUAGGUGCCGAUGGGAUCGUUAUGGGUACAAGGUUUGUUGCGACCUCGGAAUGCCCUGCGCCGUCUGCGAUUAAACAGACCAUCGUAUCGAGGGGCGAUGGUGGGGUCUCGACCAUCAAGACCAUCCUACAUGAUGUAUUCCAAUCAACCGAUGUCUUUCCGAGACAGUAUGAUGGCAGGGCUAUUAUUGGUGUUAGUUACGAGGAUUCUCAAAAGGGAGUCAGUAAUGAGGAAAUCAUCCGACGAUACAAUGAGGCCAAAGAGGCUGGCGAACAUCACCGGAGGACUGUAUGGGCGGGUGCGAGUAUUGGAAGUAUCAAUGCGGUGGUCUCUGUUGAGCAUGUUGUGCAGUCUACUCAGCAGGAGGUGAAAGUGGUAUUGGAGCGGUUAAAGGCAGGGCUUUAG